AUGGCCGCUCAAGCAUAUCCCGCACACAAGGUUCGAUCCUCGUUUACAUUCGCGACUAGUUUCAUGGCAAUGUACGUCCUAGGCACAAAUGGGGUCCUUGCUUGCACUCAGGACUACGGUAUCAUCCUUGCGACUGUCCUUGUCAUACUUCUACUUCUAGCCUACUGGCGGCCGGAUCCGAUCGUGGCCCGAGAUUCUCCCAAUGAACCGCUCCCUGACCUGCCGGAUGAAGUUGUGGCUCCUGUGUCUGCGCCACCGAGCCCACCAGCAGCACAAAUUCCCUUCCCUAUCAAUGAUGUCGAAGAGUCACAGCUAAGAAAUCCCUUGGUUGGAGAACCUGAUACUCCCAAUCAGCCUCCAGACGCACAGCCAGCGCAGGCACCUCAGUCGCCCAGCAACAGUUCAGCAGUUGAUCUCUUGGAUGAGGACUUAUCAGGGCUUCCAGAUGAAGUAGACGCGUUGCGCACUCAACAACAAGCUUCGCCUGUACAGACUCCCGUGGGAACGCCAACACGGGAGCAAUCGAUUGAGACUCCGGAUCAGGCUCAGGCUCAUACUGAGACGCCCACCGCAGAUGCAUGGACACAGACAACCGCAUCUCUUCCUUGGCCACAGCGCUGGAUGACUUGGCUCUUCGACAGUGAAGCGGCGCGCACGGCAAGAGAAAAUGAUAUCGAGGCCGCCAGGGCUGCUGCUGAGCAGGAGCAUAAGGACUUCCUAGAGCAAUCUGGCCUGGGGAGCGGUGCAGAAUACGAGGAGCCACAAUCGUCAAACGACGCCAGCGAAAGUCCGGCUCCUGAUUCUUCGAUGAUAUCUCAACCUACAGAGACUGAGCAACAGCACCGGGCUCUUGUUGAAGCCGAGAAACCUGAGGAAGCAAUGCCAACUGUCCCGUCAGAGACUGCAAUUGAAGCUAAUUCAAACUCUGCGGCUCAGCUGCCAGUGAUAUCGGUGGGUGCUGGUACAUCAGGAUCUUUGCGUAGCCUCACGCCAGCUGCCGAGUUCAAACGUACUCCUCUGUUCGAGCCUACUCCUCCAACAACGACCACUCCCAUGACCACUGCGUCUCUCCCACCAGCAGCUCCUACCCCGCCUACCCCGCAAGCUACGACUACUCCCUCAACUAUUGUUACCCCUGCGAUACCAGCCAUUUCCUCCGAUUCUCUGAUUGUACCCACUCCCGUCACAACACCUACUGAUGUACCGAAGUCUGCCACAGACACCACUGAGCCGGAGCCAACGCUUGACAUCACAUUUGAUCUUCCUACCAUCGUAGUCGACGCACCGGAAUCUGAGACGCAAGGAGAAUACACGCCCAUGACAUUUGUUCCUAUUGAAAUGACGGAACUCGCUACAUCCCCCAAGCACUCGCCUCUCAAGGACCCUGCUUCGGAGCCCGUCAAUGCACCAGAUCACCAAGCUCCAGCCGCUGGUUCAGCGCAAGAAGAAGGAGAGGGCGAUGGGCAAGACCAUGAGCAUGACGGUGUGGAAGGAAGUGAGGAAGACGAAGACGAAGACGAAGACGAAGACGAAGAAGAGUUCGAUUUCGGUGGGAGUCCUACGAUUGGCACAUCAGCUCCGCUACAGCCAGCUAGUCCUAUAGAUGCCGAGAUUGCCGCAGCACUUGAGAGGCAGCGCGAGGAGGUGCGAAGAGAGGCUGAGCAGAAGAAGGCCUUGACUUCUAUGGAGGUUGCUUCUGGUGGAGCACCCGCGCCUGGCGACGGCGAUGACAACGAUAAUGGCAACGGUGAUGGAGAAGGUGACGAUAAUUCACGCGAUACCCCGGUAUCUGGCGCACCGAAGCACAAUGCUCCUAAACCCGACAAAGAACCUUCUUCGUCAACAGAUGUACCGAUGGAAGGCGUGAACGAUGACGCUCCAGCAGCUACACCCACAACAAGUGUCAAUGAGACUGUCCCCGACUUACUCUCCCAACCAGCUCCCAGCACGGCGAAUAGUCGUUCUUGGGCCCCUCUCAGCUCGCUUCCUUCCAGCAGGACUGAGCCGCCUAUGUUCACAGAAGAGGAACUUAAGACGCAAUUCGCCCUUCCUGCCAUCUACAACCGGCCUGCCGCUCGACCCACACACCCAAAACAUCCAGACUCCGCAGAACAGUGGCGUAACAGGCUACUGGGAGGUCCUAGUAUGUUGACCAUAAUGAGACGAGAGCGUGAAGCUGCGUCUCGAAAGGCUAGUGGUGAUGGUGGAGAUCCGCCGCCUGGCCCUGGUGGUCCUUUCGGUGGAGAUGGCGGCGGUGGUAGUGGACAUGGAGGUGGGAGUGGUAGUCCACCCACUCCUUUCGACCCACCGAGCGACGGUGGAGGCGCGAACCCUCCAUCGCCGUCGGGUUCAGCUGGCUCAGGACCUAUGGAGGGGAUCGACGAGUCUUCUUCGAGCGAUGAGGGGCAUCAUGGUGAGAGCGAUCCCCACAGUCAUGAUAAUCAUGACGGUCAGACUUUGAACAACCAAGCUGACACCAACGAUCAGAUGGAUAAUGGCGACAACGGUAACGAGGGUGGUGGCGGCGAUGAUGGCGAUUCAUCCGCACUACCUGGAGCUUCCAGUCUCGCCGAUAUUCCUAUGACUACUACGCCCGCGGCCUUGGAUACUACUAUUACGGCCGACGACAAUGUAGACGUUGACAUGUCUGAUCUGUUUGGUGUCGAUUUGGACGAUACCGAUUUGGACGACAUCAAUAUGGACAAUAUCAAUCUGGAUAACAUCAACAUGGACGGCAUCGAUUUCGACAAGAUUGCUAACUCUGGCUUCGAUAAUGAGCAAACGCCAACCACUACCACUGAUGACAUGAGAAGACAGCUGGUGCCUCUCGAGGGACUAGAACAACACAGCGAAAUACCAACAAGUCUGUAUCUAUCUCCUGAGGACGAGCAAUACGGCGAAAUGGCGGCACACAACAUAUUCGCUGAUAUUGAUGCGUAUGAGGCGCAGAAUGGGCCUAUCGAUAUUCCACCUCCCAUGUUUGAGCCUCAGCAGUACCCGACAGACAGGGACAGUUUCGAUCAUCUUCUCGGGAACGCCGGCGAUGAAUAUUCUUUACCGACCCAGCAGCCAUCGGUCAUUGUUCCUGGGCCUCCUAAGGAUGCGCCAGAUGCGUUUGACCCAUUCUCAUUCUCAAACGUGAACUGGGGUGCCGCAUUUGGGGAUGCUACGCAAGCCGAAGAGGGUGAUAAUGUGUCACAUCAAGAAAUCAUUGGUGCCGCUGUUGAGAAUGCAUUAGGAGAAGAUCAGGAGCCGGCACGAGAUGAUCUAGCUCCACCGCCACCAACCUACGGAGACGACUUCAACCUUGAAAACAACGAAGUUCCUGAAGACAAUGAGGAACUUAUCACCGGGCUUUCGAAUGUCGAUCUUAACGUUGACCAGACCGAAAAGAAUGACAAAGCACAAGUUUCGCCAGGUUUAGGAACUCAGCGAGUAUGGGACAGUGACUUCAACAAAGCUCCGGACAACGCUGAACACGAAUACAAACACCCAGAUGAGUUCACAAGUAUCAGACCGAGAACACGCUUAGUACAACUUCGGGAGGACCACAAGAUUGUGGAGAACCCCGAACAUGCGGAUAACCGGUCAGCCGGCCUAGAAUCGCUAGACGGACUGACCGGGCGACAAGGCCAGAUCUUCCGGGAGGUUCCCAUGGACACGUACGAAAUGCGAGGAGAAACUCACGACGACUACAAGGACGCACAAGAGCUGAUGGCAUGGUUUGAUCCAGAUGCUGAAGGUGCUGAACCUCGAGGUGAUCCUUCUCCGGCUGGUUCUGACGAUGGUAGCGCGUUGUCGGGUGAAAUCGAUGACGAUGAAUUGGACAAGCUUGCCAAAGAAGUGGAAAAGGAUCAGUUGGAUGAACUGAACAAAGCGUCCAAGAGAACACGAGACCUUUCUGAUGACUCGGAUUCAGAACCAUCGGAAAAGAUCCCAGAUGGUCCAGCAACUCCCCAGAAGGAGAGUCCAGGUGCACGAGCUGGUACUCCGAAGAAGGGCCGCUUCAGAGGUCCAGUCUCAUUUGAUACUGAGGAAGAGGCUCGUUUUGAGAAGAACGAUGUGGAAAAGGUCUUGGACCUUCCGGUCUUCCAGAAGCUGAAGGAGGCCAACACCACAUCGACAACCCCACCGCCGGCGCAACCAUCUCCAAUCGCUAUUUCUGGUCUUCCGACUCGCCCGAGUACAAAAGGUACACUCAACGCGCCGUCGAUGCCAAGCUCGAAUCCUACUUCCCCAUUUUCGUAUGAUAGGCCGCCACCGCCUUCACCUUUAGCAGGUGGUUUCGCACCGGGAGGUUACGCACGCUCGUAUAACCCAGUUACUUUGCAAAAGAUGAACAGCACGUCCCCUUAUGGAGGUAUACCGACUCUCCGCAAUUUUAGUACACCACGCGGUCAAAGCGGUAAUGCAACAUCGCCUCCUCGGAGUCCAAGCUACCCAGCCAUGAAGCUACCCGACGCUGCACUAUCGAACGCAAGAAGCUUGCUCAAACCGGCAUCCGCCCGCCAUCGUGCACAGCCUACAGCCGGCACAUCGACUACAAACUCCCCGGUCACAUCGACCGCGUACAUACCCGUGCAGUCUUCGGCAGGCAUGAAAUCCAGUAAUCCAUCGACCACUCCACCAGCUUAUGACCCAACACAGCCUGCGGCGGGAUACACUCCGAAGUCAGCGUCAAACUUCCGGGCCCAGUUACUACCCUUGUCUGGAUUGAGUGUACCACAAAAGCCAUUACCACAGCUCAGUGCGACAACACUGCCAAAUAGGCCCGCAGCGCAAGAUGAAGAUGCGGUUGGAGAUCAGACCUCGCAAGCUCCGGGAGGCGAUGACAAGGACGACUACGACAGCGAUGUUGACAGCAUUUACGGUGACGACUAG